AUGGAGUGCGGUAAGUCAUUGUUCCCUGGCACCUUGAUUCUGCUUGUAGAGGGUCCACAGCGGACUGUGUACGGCCCUGAGAAGGACAACGUCUAUGCCACGUCAGCAUUCCCGGCCAUCCGCGAUGCAAUUGCUGAUAUCGUCAAGAGCAGUGCCUCGAAGGGAAAUCUCGAGGAUGGGGCGGGUGGUGCGGUGAGUGUGAGAAGCAGUAGUGAGGGUGGGGAGGAGUGGAGUGCGGUGCAGCAUGAGAUUUUCCGGGCGGCACGGGCAAUUGAGAGGGCGGCGAAGAUCCUCAAGGGGCAGCUGCUCGUGUCGUGGACCGUGGCACAGCGUGUCGUGGACCGUGGCACAGCGUGUCGUGGACCGUGGCACAGCGUGUCGUGGACCGUGGCACAGCGUGUCGUGGACCGUGGUGCAGGGCCUGCUCUUGGUGCUCACACAUGCUGCGCCAUGCGACUAUUUGAAGCCCCUGUGCUCCAUGGUGCAGGGUAA